GCAUUGAACGAUACAGGACGUUCUUACUUUCUGUUUGAUGUCAGUCAUGGCUCGCUGUGUGUUCCUGCUGAUGCUUGUGGCUCUCUCUGACCACCUAAACAGACCUCGUCGAAAUAACAGACCUCAUGGCUGCUCACGGACCGUGGAUGUGGCCAUUGUGGGGGCGGGGCCCAGCGGUGCCUACUCAGCUUACAAGCUGCGCAAGGCUAACAAAGUCGUGGAACUGUUCGAGUUCUCCAACCGUGUGGGUGGGAGACUGUACACCACAACCCUGCCCAACGCUCCUGAUCUUCAGCUGGAGGCGGGGGGGAUGAGGUUCAUCUCGGAGGUUCAUGUUAGGACGGAGGAGCUGACCAAGAAACUGGGACUGACCAAAGUACCGUUUUCCUUACAUCACGGGAAUACAGCCAACGCCUUCUAUUACCUGAGGGGGAGAACUCUGACUUCAGCACAGGUCAGCGGCGGCAACAUACCCUACAACCUGAAUCCCGAGGAAAAGGCGAACCAGGGGCGUUUGUUUAGGUACUACCUGGAGAAGCUGACGGGCUACAACGGCACAGAGGUCACUCAGGACAUUCUCAUGCAGCUCAAGCUCUCGGACGGCCGGUACAUGUACCAAGUUCCAAUUGACGAAGCUCUCGACACCGUGGCGACAGCAGACGGUAAAGCUUUCCUGAGAGCCCUCGCGAUCUUCGAGUCUGACGGGGCUGCUGACACGUCCCCGCUACCAAUCUUCGAGAAUAAUCUGGGACCUGAAAAUGGUGACUUUGUGGUGCAGACGAUCAAAGAGGGCUUUAGCGCAAUACCAACCAAACUCGUCGACAGGUUCCUCAAGGCCAGCAAGAGGCACAAGCUAACCAUCAACAGACGUCUGGUGUCCAUCAGGAACUACCGAGAGGGCUACGUCCUUGAACUUGUGCACACAAACACACAGAAUGGCUACACUUUUGAGAAGCGUGAUCGAGACGUUGUUUGCGCCAGAAAGGUGAUUUUAGCUGUACCAAAGUUUGCCUUGAAAACAAUCGAUUGGAGUCCGCUCAGAGACAAAAGAGUGGAAGACGCCAUCAACGCAGUCAGGGAAGUUCCCGCCAACAAAGUUUUCAUGACGUUCUCACGCCCCUGGUGGCUCCAGAACGCACCCCACGCAACCCCCGUCAUGUUUUCUGACCAGGCCUUCAGUCAAGCGUACGACUUCGGCAGGUCAAAUAUCACGGGAGUCUACACUCUGAUGACAAGUUACUCUGAAGACAGUAAAUCCAGCAGGCUCCUAUCUCUCAACACUAAAGGGGAACUACUUUCUAGCUCCGCCCCUGGACCAAACCGCGUGAUGACACCAUUGGCUGAACACAUUCUCACCGACCUGGCCAAAGCCUACGGCAUGAAGAGAAGCGAAAUCCCAGCCCCCAUAACUUCCAUGUCUCAGUUCUGGGUGUCUUAUCCUUUCGGUUGUGGUUUUGUCAUUUGGAAAGCAGGCUAUAGGUAUGAUGAAGUCAUAUCAACCAUUCAACACCCGUCCCUAACCGAUGACGUGUUUGUGGUUGGGGCUGAUCAUGCCAAAGGUUAUCACGUGGGUUGGGUUGAAGGCGCCUUUGCCAGUGUCGAUAGGGUUUUCUCGCUCUAUUUUUAACUGAUGCGGUAAAACUACAAACAGGAUGUUUAUGUCAAUAGUGUAACAUUAGAAAUCUUUUGGUCAAUAGUGUAACACAAGAAAUCUUUUGGUCAAUUGAAUAUCAUUUGAAAUAUUUUGGACAAUUUUAUAACAUUUGAUAUAUUUUGGACAGUUGUAUAACAUUUGAACUAUUUUGGACAACUUUAUAAUAUUUGAAAUUUUCUUGAUAAUUGUAUAACAUUUUUUUUGGUCAAUUGAAUAACAUUUGAAUAUUUUGGACAAUUGUAUACCAUUUGAAAUAUUUUGGACAGUUGUAUAACAUUUGAAAUAUUUUGGACAACUUUAUAAUAUUUGAAAUUUUCUUGAUAAUUGUAUAACAUUUGAAAUUUUUUGGAUAAUUGUGUAACAUUUGAAAUUUUUUGUUCAAGAGCUAAACCUAAUUAAGUAAAACCAUU